UCCGGUCGGAGCGAAGCUCGGCGUACUGAGGGGACGCUGCGAGGCUGGAGUUCAAAUCAGAGGACUUGCUGCCCCUUCUAUGGCUACCUCACAGUCUUCACAAACUGUUGCAGCUCAUGUCCCCUUUGCAGAUUUAUGUUCCACAUUGGAGCGGAUACAUAAAAGUAAAGACCGUGCAGAGAAGAUCAGGCACUUCAAGGAAUUUUUAGAUUCUUGGAGGAAAUUUCACGAUGCCCUUCAUAAGAACAAGAAGGACGUUCCGGACUCCUUUUACCCAGCCAUGAGACUUAUUCUCCCUCAGUUAGAGAGAGAGAGGAUGGCAUAUGGUAUCAAAGAAACCAUGCUUGCCAAGCUUUACAUCGAAUUACUGAACUUACCAAGGGAAGGCAAGGAUGCCCUGAAGCUCCUGAAUUAUCGAACACCGAGUGGCACUCGCAUGGAUGCUGGGGACUUUGCGAUGAUUGCGUACUUCGUGUUGAAGCCGCGGUGCUUACAGAAAGGAAGCUUAACCAUACAGCAGGUGAAUGAACUCUUGGACUUAGUCGCCAGCAACAAUUCUGGCAAAAGAAAAGACCUAGUAAAGAAGAGCCUUCUCCAGUUGAUAUCGCAGAGUUCAGCCCUGGAGCAAAAGUGGCUGAUCCGCAUGAUCAUUAAAGACUUAAAGCUGGGCGUCAGUCAGCAAACGAUACUGAACGUUUUUCAUAACGACGCAGUUGAGUUGCACAACGUCACCACGGAUCUGCAGAAGGUCUGCCAGCAACUCCAUGACCCCUCCGUAGGGCUCAGUGAUAUCUCUAUCAGCCUCUUUUCUGCCUUUAAGCCAAUGCUAGCCGCGGUAGCCGAUGUGGAGCGCGUGGAAAAGGACAUGAAACAGCAGAGUUUCUACAUCGAGACCAAGCUGGACGGCGAGCGCAUGCAGAUGCACAAAGACGGGGAGGUGUAUCAGUACUUCUCCAGGAACGGCUAUAACUAUACCGAUCAGUUUGGCGCAUCCCCCCAGGAAGGCUCCCUCACCCCCUUCAUCCACGACGCCUUCCGGACAGAUGUGCAGGACUGCAUCCUUGACGGCGAGAUGAUGGCCUACAACCCGACCACGCAGACGUUCAUGCAGAAGGGGGUCAAGUUUGACAUCAAAAGGAUGGUGGAGGAUUCCGAACUGCAGACGUGUUACUGUGUCUUCGACGUGUUGAUGGUUAAUAAUAAGAAGCUAGGGCGUGAGACCCUGAGGAAGAGAUAUGAGAUCCUUAGUAAUACUUUGACACCCAUCCAGGGUCGAAUAGAGAUCGUUCAGAAAAAGCUAGCUCACACGAAGAAUGAGGUGGUGGACGCCUUAAAUGAAGCCAUUGAUAACAGAGAGGAGGGCAUCAUGGUUAAACACCCUCUGUCAAUUUACAAACCGGACAAGAGAGGUGAAGGGUGGUUGAAAAUUAAACCAGAAUAUGUCACUGGGUUAAUGGAUGAAUUAGACCUCUUAAUUGUGGGGGGCUACUGGGGUAAAGGUUCUCGAGGCGGCAUGAUGUCUCACUUUUUGUGUGCGGUGGCAGAGGCACCGCCUCAUGGUGAAAAGCCCUCUGUGUUCCAUACUCUGUGCCGUGUUGGGUCAGGAUACACCAUGAAGGAGCUCUAUGAUCUUGGCCUGAAAUUGGCCAAACAUUGGAAGCCUUACCAUAAGAAAUCUCCACCGAGUAGCAUUUUAUGCGGCACAGAGAAGCCGGAAGUGUACAUCGAGCCUCAUCACUCCGUGAUUGUCCAGAUCAAGGCGGCAGAGAUCGUCCCCAGUGACAUGUACAAGACUGGGACCACGCUGCGCUUCCCACGCAUCGAGAAGAUCAGAGAUGACAAGGAGUGGCAUGAGUGUAUGACCCUGGGUGCCCUGGAAGAGCUGAGGGGGAGAGCAUCCGGGAAGCUUGCUACAAAGCACCUUCACGUGGGCGACGAUGACGAACCUAGAGAAAAGAGGCGGAAACCCGUCUCCAAAAUGAAGAAAACCAUCGGAAUUAUCGAACACUUGAAAGCACCUAACCUCUCUAACGUAAGCAAGGUUUCUAACGUAUUUGAGGACGUUGAGUUUUGUGUCAUGACUGGGAUGGAGGGUUAUCCCAAGCCUGACCUGGAGAACAGAAUUGCGGAACUUGGUGGCUGCGUCGUGCAGAAUCCAGGCCCAGAAACGUACUGUGUGAUCGCAGGGUGCAGAAACAUCAGAGUGAGGAACAUUAUCUCCUCCGAUGAACACGAUGUCGUCAAGCCCGAGUGGCUGCUGGAGUGUUUUAAAACAAAAAUGUGUGUGCCAUGGCAGCCUCGCUUCAUGGUUCACAUGUGCCCGUCAACAAAGCAGCACUUUGCCCGCGAAUAUGAUUGCUAUGGAGACAGCUAUUUUGUUGAUACAGAUUUGGAUCAACUGAAAGAAGUGUUUUCAGGAAUUAAACCCAGGGAGCAGCAGACUCCUGAAGAAAUGGCCCCCGUGAUCGCCGACCUAGAAUACCGCUAUUCCUGGGAUCGCUCUCCUCUCAGUAUGUUUCGGCACUGUACCGUGUAUCUGGACUUGUAUGCUGUUGUCAACGACUUGAGCUCCAAAAUCGAAGCAACGAGAUUAGGUAUGACAGCGCUCGAGCUGCGGUUUCAUGGAGCCAGGGUAGUGUCCUGCUUAUCUAAAGGAGUGUCUCAUGUGAUCGUUGGGGAAGAUCCGAGCCGACUUGCAGACUUCAAAGCUUUCAGAAGGACUCUUAAGAAAAAGUUUAAAAUCCUGCAAGAACGUUGGGUGACCGAUUCAGUAGACAAGUGCGAGCUUCAGGAUGAAAGUCAGUAUUUGCUCUAGAGCUAGCUCUCCAGGGAGAGCGUGGGCUGCAUCUAUAUUUGCUCUAGAGAUAACUCUCCAGGGAGAGCGUGGGUUGCAUCUGUAUUUGCUCUAGAGCUAGCUCUCCAGGAAGAGCGUGGGCUGUGUCAGUAUUUGCUCUAGAGCUAGCUCUCUAGGGAGAGCAUUGGCUGCGUCAGCAUUUGCUCUAGAGCUAGCUCUCCCCGUGGGCUGCAUCAGAAUUUGCUCUAGAGCUAGCUCUCCAGGGAGAGCAUUGGCUGUGUCAGGCAACAGCGGCACUCACGGUGAAACAGCUAGCGAUGUUCAUUUUAUCUCUUAAAUACUUCAAAAGCAUUCGUUACCCGACGACAGUAAUUUUUAGGUAGAAAAGAUGAAAGAAAAGGGCCACUGCUAAAAACAAAGUUUCUAACUUGGCUGGUAACCAUGAUGCACAAUGGCAGUUUCAAGAGGCGCUUGUGCGGCAUCCAUGCAGAGGCUAGAAUUUGAUUCGAUAUUAGUAAAGUAUAUUUGGGAGCUUUUAGAACCAUCACAGCUUUAGCUUUCUAAACAGAAUUUUCCAGAGUUAAAAAUUGUAAUUGUUUUUAGCUAGUAAAAGAAUUAUUAAAAAAAUCAGAGUUACUACAGUUAGACUUAUAAAAGUAAAUGUUUUUAUUCAAGAGCUCAAAUGCCUCCUGGAAGCAUGAACUAUUUUAAUAAACAGUUUUUUAUAGUUAUGGUCAAAUGAAUUAACAAGAUUUUUUUGAUAAUGUGAGGGAAGUUAAAAGAAUCACCUAAACACCGGACAUGAAAGUUAAUUGACUUGAUUACAAAAUAAAAACCUUUUCAGUUUUAAGUUAUCUUAGAUUUAAUCUUUCUGAAGUGGGACAUGUUUCAUAGAGAAAUGCUUUUUAUGAAUGUACACUCCAGCAUUAACAGAGUUCACAGAGCUUAUCUCCUGUUGGUGACCCUCUGAGGAGCUGCCCAUACAGAGAGCAAGCUGUGAUGUCAAUAGAGAAAGCUUUGACUUUUAGAGAUGACUUUUAUAGUUAAUUGAAGUCACAAUCUUGUGUAUUAUAUCUGUACCCAGAAAUGUACUUCCAUGGCAGCCCUGAAAUGGAGAAGUGUGCGACCUGAGGCAAUGGGUAUUAGUUAUCUGAAGCAAUUAGACUUCUUUUUGAAGCAAUCGAAUAAAUGUUUGUGGUUUUUGUAAUUUAAAUAA